AUGUUGCCUUUUGUUUUGGCAGCCAAAUACCCAAAACCCCCUUUUUACCCAUCUUGUUCCCGCUGUAACAAUAGUGCUCACGGAGUGGGUGCUAGCAAGGAAGGGCCCGCGCCAUUGUCUAGGUUUCUUCCUUCGUUGAUUUUGCUCGAGCUGCUGGAAAGGUACACGCAUCUUGGGCAUAGGGACUUGCUUGUCCUGCUUGUUGAUCACAAAGCGAGACUCUUACUUGUCAUGAGCUUGAAUUUUAAAUUGCAUGUACCCAUUAUGGCAUCCGGUAAUCCACCACUUAUCAUAAGGGAUCAUCUUUACUCCGUAGAUGACAGGUUGAAGAGAGGGAGACCUCCUCCUUUGCUUAAGGGCGCCGACGAGGAUGUAAUUAUUGAUGAAGAACCAGCGCCAGAAGCUACUUCAGUGAUUGACCCUGCAUCCGUAUCAAGGUGCUGCAUAGAAAGGGGUCUGUUUCCGGCAGUUCCUUUGUUCUUUCAAUAUCCCUGCAGCACCAGCAAGGGUUGGUCGGAGUGGGUUGACCAUGAACUGAAGAACCCGUCUACCCGUGAUAUCCUAAGCCGGGCAGGUGUGUUGGAAGCCAUCUUUGCUUCUAAGGCUUGCGACAUCCAUAUUGAAGCCAAGACGCUUCGACACUUGGUUAGACGGUGGAGUACCGAGACACACACUUUUAUUUGUUCGUGGGGAGAGUUCACUCCCACGCUUGAGGAUGUAGCCAAUAUUUUCCCGCUCCCACUUUGCGGCAGUCAAGAUCCUUUCCACAUUGCAUUAACCCCGGAAGAUGGGCUAAAGCUUGAGACUUUACGGAAGGGUGCUCCGACUUCUCCUAGUACUUCUCUAAGAUUCAGUAAUUGGAUUCAAUUUUUUGGGAACAGUGACCGAGAUGAGCCGUGUCGCCUUGCUGCGUUUGUGUCAUUGUGGCUCGGGAGGUUCCUCUUUUGUGAUUUUUCCCAAGACUGCUUGCAUGGGAGAGUGUUUCCGUUGGCUUUGGCAAUAGCACGGGGUAGCAUGAUCCCUUUAGCCCCCAUGUUCUUGGGGCACUUAUAUUGCUUGCUUGACCAGAUUCAAUUUCUUGAGAAGGGGGCGGCCGGAACCAUGGCUGUGGAGACUUUUGCAAACUCCAGUUUUCUGCAAAUCUUUUUAUGGGAACGCUUCAAAGGGAUAGAGGCUGAGUCACUGGUUGCUUCGGACGAGAAUUCCUACAUGCCGGGUAGUCUUCCUCUGAUCUGUAGAUGGUCCCGUCGCAUGCAACGGAAGGGCCAAAACUUUUUAGAGCUGCUGGACGAUGUUGAGAAAUUCAUCUUCCGCCCAUACUGUGUUUUAUCAGAGGGAUUCAGCAAUACACCCUUUUAUGCAGAUUCUGUUGUCUUGGUCGAGGCCCUAGCCAUGCCAACACAAGGUUGCCCUGCGUAG